GUAAUAAGUUUUUUAUUUUUCUUUGCGAAUGAUAGUUUAACUUAUUUCUGCUUUAGUGUUAUCAAACCAGAGGCAGAAGCAAAUGAUAUGUCUCUUCCCCCGGCGAUCAGCUGUCCAUUUCCUCCCCCUUUCGUUCUCCUUUAUUCUUAUCAAUUGGGGAAUUAAGUUUGGUCUGAAGGAUCAAGAAGAGAGGCCGGGUCGUUUUCCCUAUUCAUAAGAGAGGCUGGGUGGUGGCAAGGAUCAAGCAGGCCAUCAUCGUAUUUCGUUUUGGAGUGAACUACAGAUCUAGUCCUUUAACCUUGGGCAAUCGGAUCUGCGAGUGAUUAUGGAGCCGUUGGUUGUCCUUGUUUUUUUGUUUUGGGUCGGAGGCGAUGGAGUCCGAUAUCUUUUUGUCUUUUUGCUAGGAAUUCCUUUUUUCCUCUCAUCUUGCCGGAGAGAGAUGAUUCAUUUGCUUGAUUUAUGAUUAAAUUUUCUUUCUUUCUCAAGAAACAAAAACCUUUUUUUUUUUUAAUGCGGAGAGACAAAAAACUUGGGCCCCCCCAACAAGUAACAUUUACUUGUUAAUAUAAAUAGUAUUAUUAUACGUGAAUAAGUUAGGGCAACUAUGUUUAGUUUUAACAUGUAAUAUUUGAAUAUUUAUGUAAUUUUUAUACUAGUAUUGGACUCCUGGACUUGCCAUUCUAGCUCUGUCCCUGAAAGAAGCGGUUUGACUUCAAUCGGAUUACUAAUUAGACGAAAAACUUGUUCAGCAUACAAGUCUGCACUGCAGGAACAAUUAAUGGAUACCAGUACAGCCGUUGAAGCCUCCUCUCCAACCUUCUCAUCCUCUUCAACCUGCUCCUUAGACGAUGAGAUGUACGAUGUGUUCUUGAGCUUUAGAGGUGAAGACACACGCAAGACCUUCACCGACCACCUCUACUGGAGGUUAAAACAUGCUAGAGUCGACGUGUUUAUUGAUGAGAAUGAAAUAAGAGGAGGAGAAAUUUUACCAGACGAACUCAAGCAAAUAAUCGAACGGUCCAGGAUCUCUGUCAUCAUCUUCUCAAGGAGGUAUGCGGAUUCCAUAUGGUGUCUUGAGGAGCUGGAGAAGAUCAUGGAGUGUAGAAGAACACUGGGGCAAAUCGUUUUGCCAAUUUUCUAUGAUGUUGAUGCUGAAGAUGUCAGGAAACAAACUGGUAGUUUUGCAGAAGCAUUUCAGACACAUGAAGUGCGCUUCCAUGGAUUUAAAGAUGAGGAAGAAAAUAUACAGUCGUGGAGAAAGUCUCUAACUGAAGCUGCAGGUCUGGACGGCCUUGUUUUUAGCAAGAGUGAUGGGUAUGAAGGAGUGUUUAUCAGGAAAAUUAUUGACGAGAUCAACAGAAAAUUAACAACGGUUGCAGUUGGAGUAGAUUCUCGCUUGCAAGAUAUUAGUACUCAUUUAGAUGUUGGAGGAUCAAAUGAUGUUCGCAUAAUUGGAAUUUGGGGUAUGGGCGGAAUGGGUAAAACAACGGUUGCAGAAGCUAUUUUCAACAAAUAUCAUCCCAGUUUUGAUGCUAAAAGUUUCAUUCAAAACAUGAGGGAAAGGAAACUGGUUGAUCUUCAAGAACAACUUCUCUUUGAUAUCUUGAAACCGACAAAGGCAGAGGGAAGUAGUAUGGAUGACAGGAGGUAUGAGAUAAAGAAAAGACUUCCAACAAGAAAGGUACUUGUUAUAUUUGAUGAUAUCUGUCAUGUAGACCAACUAAAGGCAUUAGCUAUUAAACGUGACUCCUUUGGUCGAGGAAGUAGAAUUGUUAUAACAACAAGAAACAAACAUUUGCUAGAGAUAAUUGAAGUGGAUAAGAUAUGUAGCCUUAAAGCAAUGAAUGAAGUAGAAGCUCUUGAGCUACUUAGUUUGCAUGCCUUUAAACGUCGUUGUCCAAGUGAAGGAUAUCUUGAACUCUCAAGAGAAGUUGUUGUUUACUGUGGUGGUUUGCCACUAGCACUGAAAGUUUUAGGCUCUUCUCUAUACAAUAGAAGCACAACAGAAUGGAGAAAUGCAUUGGAUAAAUGGAAAAGUCUUCCUCCUAAGGAAAUUCACCAAAAGCUUAAAUUAAGCUAUGAUGAGCUACCUGAUAAUUACCUGAGAGAUGCAUUCCUUGAUAUAUCAUGUUUCUUCAUUGGAAUGGACAUGAACUAUGUCAUGCGAAUAUUGGUCCGUCGUGGCUUUUCUCCGGUAAUAGGACUGAGUGUCCUCCUUGAAGAGAGCCUCUUAACUGUUGGUGAAGAUAACAAGUUGAUGAUGCAUGAUUUGGUUCGAGACAUGGGCAGAGAAAUUGCACGUGCACAAUCCCCUAACAUCGCUGGAGAACGUAGUAGAUUGUGGCAUCAGGAAGAUGUAAAAGACGUAUUGAGGAACAAAUCUGGAACAGAGGAAAUUGAAGCACUCACUUUAGAUUUGCAAGAAUCUGAGGAUCCUAGCUUCAGUUCCGAAGCAUUUAGAAGGAUGUGGAGAUUGAGAUUGCUCAAACUCAAUUAUGUACAGCUGACUGGAAGCUACAAGCAUAUUUCCAAAGAGUUAAGAUGGUUAUGUUGGCAUGGAUUUCCUCUGGAGGUCAUACCAAAAGACUUUUAUCAAAAAAACCUAGUUGCUAUUGACAUGAGCCAUAGCAAGCUCAUACGAGUUUGGGAGGAUUCCCACGUGUUUCUUUCGGAGUUGAAGUGUCUUCAUCUCAGCCAUUCCGCUUGCCUGAAAGAAUUACCCGACUUUUCAAGACUCCCAAAUCUCGAGGAAUUGAUACUCAGAGGCUGUAAGCGUUUGUUAUGGGGUCACUAUUCCAUGAUGAGACGGUUGGACAAGCUUAAAUUGUUUGAUCUUGGGUACUGCAACUUAACUGAAGAUAAAGUUGUUAAUGAGCUUCGUUUUCUACGUUCUUUAAAAAUUUUACGUCUGGAUGGAAAUGGUUUCGAUAGGCUACCUGGGCUCGGUUCUCUUUCCGAACUUGAAGAGUUAACUUUAAAUGAUUGCAAAAACCUUACACGAAUCAGUGAUUUACCAAAGACUUUGAAAUUCCUGAAAGCGAAUUACUGCACUGUACUAAAAAGCAUUGAAUUUUUGGCAAAGAGGUCGAAUAUGAGAGAAUUGGAUCUGAAGGACUGCCGCAACCUCCAGUAUACUAAAGCCUUGGGUGACUUGUUACACUCCAUGGAAACGAUUCAUAUGGAAGGCUGCACCAAUCUCAGUGCUCGGUUUAAGGAGAGAAUCCUACAGGGAUGGGCCGCGAGCGGAGGGGGUGGCCUUUUCUUCUCUGGAAAUGAUAUUCCUUCGUGGUUCACAGCUGUGGUCAAUGAGGAUGAAAUUGUCUAUAUCGAUGUGCCGAAUUCUGGCAUAGCUGCCUUGACUGUGUGCAUCAUUUAUUCCUCAGACGACUCGGAGUCUAGUGGGAGAUUUUCUUUGACUGUUGCGAAUCGUACCCAGCGCACUGCAUUUUCCAUAUUUCCAAUGACCGUCUCUGGAGUGACUCCCCAUGAAGAUUAUCUCUGGCUUGGACGUAUACCAAACAAUGUUCUCAAUCUGAAAGGCGGGGACAAGGUUCAUGCUCGCGCAGAAUUCUUAAGAGAAGAGGGCAAGAAGCAUUUAAAGUUGAAGAAAACAGGACUCUGUCUAGAACAGAGUGUUUCUACACAUGCAGGUAAGGUACAUGAGAUGGAGUGGGAGUCUAAACCAUAUACAUAUCCUGAUACUGAUGAUGACGCGUGGCCAAGCAAACCCUCGCAUAACCUCAUAUGGAAAACGACACCGUUGUCGGUAAAGGAAAUUUACUUGCGACUGGAAGGCAACUUGAUGCCUGAAAAAGGAAAGCGAAGGAGUGAAGAGUCUGAAGAAGCGGCUGAUGAUGACGCGUGGCCAAGCAAACCCUCGCGUGACCUCUUACUAGAGAGUUAUCGGAAGAAUUACGUGAAGAAGCGUAUGAGGCCUGAAUAAGUGCGUGAAGAAGCGUCUGAAGAAGUGCGUGAAGAAGCGUCUAAAGAAGUGUGUGAAGAAGCGUAUGAAAAAGUAUGGAAGAAGUGGCUAUUGGCAGGACCCGCCCCGAAUUUUUCGAAACUAGAGACGAAUCAUGUGGAAUUCUCGCCAUCACCGACAUCACCCUAAUGUCGGGCCCACUUCUGAAACUAUAUCCUCUUUUCCCAAAAAGGAAUAAGGGUACGAGACUUUCUACCGAAAUUUUGGUAGAGUCUCCCUUGUAAAUAGAACAUUUCCCAGAAUUUCAACAUGCAUAAAACACAUUUAAUAUCCA